AUUCUAAAUAUAAAAAGUUACCAAUAAAACAAAUCAGCUGUUAUCCGUCAAUCGAUGUCAACAAAAUUACAUAAUUUUGUUUAGAAAAACAGUGAAGUUUUUAUUAUUGGUGUCAUUAUUUUGAAAUUGGUAAAAAUGUAUUUUGAAAUGAAUUUGUGUGUUCACAAAUUGUUGUGUUAAAGUAAAACCCUUAAAGUUAGUCUAAUGAGUGUCUUUUAUAUAAUGUAGGGCAAUAUAAUUAAUUAUGGAUCGCAAUAAGAUAAUAGAAAGCGGUGGAUUUUAUUUUAUCCACAAUUUUGAUUCUGGAAAUCUCGGGCAUGUUGAACGGGUUCCGACUGAACUUAUUUCUCCAACAAUAAAUCUCAAAACAAACACAUCUGAAACUCCAGAUUAUGAGUUCAACAUCUGGACAAGACCUGAUUGUGCUGGAACAGAGUUUGAGAAUGGAAACCGAACCUGGUUUUAUUUUGGCAUUCAGGCAGCAGAACCAAAUGUUCAGGUGCGUUUAAACAUUAUAAAUUUAAACAAGCAAGGAAAGAUGUACAAUCAAGGAAUGGCACCUGUGACUAGAACACUACCUGGAAAGCCACAGUGGGAAAGGAUAAGAGAUCGUCCAGUUCAUUCUACGGAUGAUAAUACAUUCACACUAAGCUUUAAGUACAGGACCAGUGAGAAUCCAAAAGCUACAACAUUCUUUGCUUUUACGUAUCCAUUCUCUUUUGCGGAAUUACAGAUAGCAUUAAAUUCAAUUGAUCUUAAAAUGUUGCCAUUACCCCUUGCACAGUCACCAGAUGAAAUAUACUACUAUCGAGAAUGUCUUAUUUAUUCUCUUGAAGGUAGACGUGUUGAUUUGUUAACUAUAUCAUCACAUCAUGGUAUCACAACAGAAAAAGAACAUAGACUCAAAAAUCUAUUUCCCGAUAAUCAAGAGAGACCAUACAAAUUUCAGAAUAAAAAGGUAAUAUUCAUGUCCGCCCGUGUGCAUCCCGGUGAGACGCCUUCUAGUUUCGUUUUCAAUGGAUUUUUGAACCUUUUACUAACCCGAAAUGAUCCCAUAGCCAUACAAUUACGAAAGCUGUAUGUUUUUAAAAUGAUUCCAUUUUUGAAUCCCGACGGUGUUGCCAGAGGUCAUUAUAGAACUGACACAAGGGGAGUCAAUUUAAAUAGGGUGUAUUUGAAUCCGUCAUUGGUGCAUCAUCCCACUGUGUAUGCGUCGCGUUCGUUAAUAAGAUAUUAUCAUUACGGUUAUGAAAAGGAUGAAGAUGUUUUGGAUGACCUCAAAAGUAUCGCCUCACGCAGUAUUGGGAAUAUUAGUGAAAGCGCGGAGUUCAUAGACACAAAAAAGAAGAAAAACGCACUAAAGGGCAGCGAUUACAAACGAGAAAAGUCAUCGUCAGCGAAAUCUCUUUCGCGAAAUAAAUCGUCUAUGACCAUAAAACGAGCCUCCAAUGAAGACUCAAAGGAUUCCCAAUCUCUUACGGGAGAAGCAUCUCAUUUAGCCGAUCAGGUACACGAUAUGAAACUCCAAGAAAUGCCGUCUCAAACGAAUGACGAAUCCGCUGUGGAAUCUGUCAACUUAGAGGAGACGUCAUCGCUCCUCAAUGACAACGUAUUGAGAUCGUGCUUGGGAUCAACCGUUCACUUGAGUACGAGUGAGGAACUCAAAAUAAAUGGAGGGAAUCUUUUGAGACCACUUCGCGAAACCUUGAAGAACAGCAUAAGCCUUCUAAUGGAGUCUAGUACAUCUGUAACUGGGGACAGCGCAGAGGCCAAAGAGGCCCGACUUGCGAAUGUCAAAAUGGGUUGGUGCGAAGAAUGCCAACGCGCUGUGAGUCGUUUGGAAGAUACAAUGCCGGGUAUCGCUAAUAUGGUUCCGGGGUAUAGCGCUAUGAUAUUGGCGGAUACUCCAAAGUACACCUCCAUAGAUGAAUAUCGCGAACAUCAGAGGCAGCAAGUUGAUGCGCAAGAGAGAAAAUUGCAGGAUACAGAGAAUCCAGGUGACGGCGCUACGGUGUACUUCUGUACCAAUUGUUUCAAGAGAUAUGUCAUGUCGGAAUGUAAUGAGGAGAUUAAACUCUCAGAGCCCUUAUCGUGCACUAGUUUAGGUGUGAGUGUGUGCGUGGGCGACAGUGGCGAUGUGUGCGCGGCACUAAAGCCUUUGCCUAACACCGAUGAAGUUAUUAUUUCGGAGCCACCGAAGGAGAAGCCCAAAUCUCCGUUGAAAUCGAUUAAGAAGAAAACUCAACCAGUGCCUCCCAUAGCAGCACCCAAGCCAACUUAUAAGGAACCUGAUAGUGGACUUUUCCUAUACAUCGACUUACAUGGGCAUGCGUCUAAAAAAGGUAUCUUCAUGUAUGGGAACCACUUUGAGGACGUGGAGAGUUCCGUGGAGUGUAUGCUGCUGCCUCGCAUCAUGUCCCUCAAUAACCUACAUUUCCACUUCUCUUCAUGCAACUUCACAGAACGAAACAUGUAUCUCAAGGAUCGGCGCGACGGUAUGUCUCGCGAAGGUUCUGGUCGAGUUGCCGUCUUGAAAGCGACCGGCCUCGUCCGGUCCUACACCCUAGAGUGCAACUACAACACUGGCCGCCUAGUCAACGUGUUGCCCCCCGCCGUCAGAGACACCCCUCUCCCCACCGCCCCUCAUGCCGGAAUGCCCCCGAAGUACACGCCGCACAUAUUCGAAGAGGUUGGUCGAUCGUUGGGAGCAUCGAUACUAGAUCUGACAGGACAACAUCCGAAUUCGCGUAUACCUUGCUCCGAACAUCGCACGUUGACCUCACUUCGGGACUGGCUCCGAUCGCACACCCGCACUAUGCGACCGCAGCUAACAAUGUCGCGGCUUCGACCGAAGACGGCGUCACCCACGCGGAUGCCACUUUACGCCCGGUCUAAAGGCAAAGUUACCGAGGAACGAAAAGAAAACGCUUACGUGGGAGCCAAGACCGAUUCGGAGAGGCGACGCAGCCCUUCGGUCCUGGCCCAACGCUCCGGCCACGAAAUCGUGGUCAACAUGAACAUGAAGUACGGCAAAAAGAACGAACCGGUGAAGACCCCGUCGCGUACUCGUUACUUGACGGAGAACGAGCCGAAAUCCAAAGCGUUGUCCACUAAACGACGCAACGUACUCGCGAUCAGAAAGCCCAGUGCCAGCAAGACCCAAGUGGGCGGAGUGGUCAAAGCCAAGAUGAACAGAAGGUCUGCGGACGACGCCGAGAGCAAUCGCGCCUCCAUUGUAUCUUCGAAGCUCAGCAAACGGAACUACGCCAGGUCCCUCCGCGGGGCCGUCACCAGAUCCGCGAACCACUGUCGGGCGAUGGCCUCCUCGUCUUCGGAGGAUAUGAUAAGUGGGACCUGGGAGGACGUAGCGGGCGGGACGGUCUUGGGGUCCCCGAGUGGGAUGUCCCACCCGGAUACCAUGUCCAUGGGGUCCAAGCGUAGGUCCUUUCCUACCCCUUCCCCUUCCCGCCUGAAGAAAAUCCGCUUAAAGACCGCUUUGUAGCGCAAGCCGCGUGCGAGGCCCGCCCUUCGCACAUCGCCGACGCCGCUCUAACCGUAUGUAGUGAUUUUUGAGUUAUUUACAUAAUUUUAUAUUACCUAUAUUUUACAUUUGUAAAAAACGCUAAAUGUGCAAUAAUAUUGAAAUUAGGAAUGUUUAUGGUUUUCGUAUCGCUUAGGUCUCUGUCGAGGAGUUUUAGUAUUUUAACUAAUGUUGUCUUUAUUCUGAUUAAUAUUAACAAGUGUUUAUGACGAUAAACAGACGUAGGUGACGAUCGCUACUAGUUUCAUACUAGGCGUUUAAUAAAUUUGAUAGAAAAACAAAGUAAAAAUUAGAAACCGCGACUAGAAUUGAAAAUUAGAAACAUUGUUCUGAAUUUCCCUAGAGCGGAAUUAAUCAUAAAGAAUUUUGUUGACGUAUAUGUUUUGUCUCGUCUAAAUUGUAUAUGUAAUAUGGUAACACAAAAAACAGCUUCAAAAUUGAUCACGCAUAAUUUAUACAUUCUAUAUGUAUUCUUAAGAUUGGAAUUAAAUUAAAGCACAAAAAUAUAUGAAAUCUAUGUUAGUUAGUCUGUGCUUACUUUUGACUGGAAAUUGCAUGUUCUUGACGUCUUAUAAAAAUUGUGUCACAUGGUUUUUCAUUGCAUAUUGCUAGAAAUUGUUUACAAAAGUACGAUUAUAAAACUAUAAAAUCCCACCGUUGAUUGUAACUUUUAGUUUGUUUUUACAAUCGUGGUCACAGAAGUGUCGUCGAUAUCCCGUAUUAAAUAAAUUACCUGUAAACCUGACACAUUAAGAUUUAUUUUCUAUGAAUAUUGAUCUCAUGAAACAAAUUACAUUUUAUUUUUAUUUACAACGAUAAACUAUUGUACAAAUCAUUGCUCGAUUUUCAUUUUAAACUUGAUUAAAAAUAGUAAUUUAUUGUCUGAAAUAAUAUAUUAUGAUUAACAGCAA